CCAGGUUCUCGUGUUGCAGAGGCAGGUCCUGGUCUCACCUUAGUGUUCUUCUUCUUUCCCUCUUCCUCUCUCUCUCUCUCUCUCUCUAUCUCUUCUUCUCUCUCUUCUUCGUCUUCUUCAUCUCAGUCCACUUCUCUCUCUUCUUUCUCUCUCCUCCCCACCACCACCUGCUCGGAGCCCUAAUUCGCCCCUACCCAUCUCCCGCAUUUCCCCAAUUCCUUAACUUUAUCCCACUGCGGAAUUCCUCUCAAGAACCCGCGAUUCCCCUCCGCGCGUUCUUGAAUUUUCCCGGACGAUCGGCCCUCGGCUCCGCCCUCCUCUGCAAUCGGCAUUGCGCGUGCCCAGCUGGGUUCCUUCUGUCCCCGGCGUCCGGGGUUGGUUUCGAUUGAUCGCGCGGAGGGAUUUUGUUGGGUUAGAUCUGUAUGGCGGUUGGUGGGUCGUGAAGGGAGGCGGGUUUUCGAGAUUGGUGGCGCCGCCCGAGAUCCGUCAUGGUGGUGGGCUUUCCGUGACGUCGAUCCGGGUCGGGAAGAAGGGCGGCCGGCGGAAUCGAGAGCUUUGGAUCCGAUCGGCGGGGAAACAGCGCCACGUAGAUGGCGCUGUUCAGACGGUUCUUCUACCGGAAGCCGCCGGAUAGGCUUCUGGAGAUCUCCGAGAGGGUCUACGUUUUCGAUUGUUGCUUCUCAACGGAUGUCUUGGAAGAAGAUGAGUACAAGGUCUACAUGGGUGGCAUUGUAGCACAGCUUCAGGAUUACUUUCCUGAUGCUUCUUUCAUGGUCUUCAACUUUAGAGAAGGGGAGAAGCGGAGUCAAAUCUCAGACUUCUUGUCUAAUUAUGACAUGACAGUGAUGGACUAUCCUCGGCAGUACGAGGGUUGUCCCCUGCUGCCACUUGAAAUGAUACACCACUUCCUUAAAUCUAGUGAAAGCUGGUUGUCAUUGGAAGGGCAACAAAAUGUGCUUUUGAUGCACUGUGAAAGGGGAGGUUGGCCUGUGCUCGCGUUCAUGCUUGCUGGUCUCCUUUUAUACCGUAAACAGUAUAAUGGGGAGCAGAAGACUCUUGAAAUGGUCUACAAGCAAGCUCCUAAGGAGCUUCUUCAUCUUUUGUCUCCUUUAAAUCCACAGCCUUCGCAGUUGAGAUAUCUGCAGUACAUCUCCAGGAGAAACAUGGGUUCAGAUUGGCCUCCUUCUGAUACGCCUUUACUUUUGGAUUGCCUAAUUCUUAGACACCUUCCUCUUUUUGAUGGAGGCAAAGGUUGUAGGCCAGUUGUUCGUCUGUAUGGUCAGGACCCUUCAACACCAGCCAAUAGAAGCUCUAAGCUUCUCUUUUCAAGUUCUGAUAUGAAAAAGCAUGCCCGACUUUAUUUACAGGCAGAAAGUGUACUGGUCAAAAUUGAUAUUCAAUGCCGUGUCCAAGGUGACGUUGUUCUCGAGUGUAUCCACCUGGACGAGGAUCUAGUUCGAGAAGAGAUGAUGCUUAGAGUUGUCUUUCACACAGCCUUUGUACGGUCAAAUAUAUUGGUGCUGAAUCGCGAUGAAGUUGAUGCUAUGUGGGAUGCCAAGGAUCAGUUCCCAAAAGAAUUUAAGGCGGAGGUACUCUUUGUGGAUGCUGAUGCGGAUGUCCCUAAUCCCACCUCAGAAGAUGGAAAUGAGGCUGAAAGUACUUCACCUGAGGAGUUCUUUGAGGUCGAAGAGAUAUUCAGUAAUGCGGUAGAUGCACAAGAAGGGAAGGGGGAGAGCAAUGUAAGUACUUUGCAAGGCAAACCUGAUGAUGGUGAUGUAAAAGAAGUAGGAAAGGAGGACGUGGAUGCUCAUUCAUUUCAAGAUUGUGCAUCGGAUGAUGGAAACCUCAGAAAUAAUGUGAAGGCUCAUUCCGGAUAUGAUGCUGUAAAAGACAUAGUCGUAGAUGAUGUGAAGUACAAGGAUGAUCAGGGUAUGGAUCCUGGUCUCCACAUGGUGAAGGACAUAGGCAUAGAUAAUGGGAAUAUUAAGUUGGAUUCCACAGCAUUGGAAGAUGAAGGACCAAGAAAUAUAGGUGGUUUGCAUGACAAAAAUGAAGAGUUCGAAAAUGGAUUUGGGAUAGAAGACCCCCCUACACGUAAGAAGGCAGAGUCCAGAUCCUUACAGCAAAAGUCGACUGAUGUGGGUACACAAAAGGCUGAGAAGUCCAUGCUACCUACUUCAAAGAAGCUGCCGUCGAAUCAUGCUAAGACAUCUUCAGAUUCAAUUGCUUCAAAACAGAAGAUAAAACAGCAAGAAUCCCAGGGCACUAAUGGGAGACAAGCAAAGCCCAACACAAUAACUAGGUGGAUCCCUCCCAAUAAAGGUUCUCACGCCAAUUCAAUGCACGUAUCGUAUCCACCUUCUAGAUAUAAUAGUGCACCACCUGUUCUUGCAGUUUCUUCAAAAGAGUCUAGUACAGGUGCCAAAAAGUCCCAUCUAUCUCCAGCUGCCCCUGCGAUAGAGACUCACAAAUCUUCCCCUCCAUGUACAGAACAAUCAACGCAAGAGGAUUCUCCAGAUACGACUCCACAGCCCAGCCCACAGGAAAAGGUGACUGCUCCACCUCCGCCACCUCCGUCUCCACCUCCUCCUCCUCCCCCUACACCACCUCCCCCACCUCCUCCCCCAACCACCUCCUCAUGCAUAUGCCCCCACCUCCACCUCCUCCACCGCCACCUCCGGCACGUGGAGCCCCACCCCCUCCGCCCCCUCUUCCAUCACGUGAGCUCCACCUCCCCCUCCGCUUCCCCAUCACGUGGAGCCCCACCUGCCCCUCCACCUCCUCCACCACGUGAGCCCCACCUCCGCCUCCGCCACCGCCUCCCCCAUCAUAUGGAGCACCACCUCCGCCACCGCCUCCCCUUUACGUGGAGCACCGCCUCCACCACCGCCUCCCCUUCACGUGGAGCACCACCUCUGCCACCGCCUCCCCCUUCACGUGGAGCACCUCCUCCUCCUCCACCACCUCCAGGAAUUAGAAACCCACCUCCACCUCCCCCACCUUCUCGAGGUGCUCCACCGCCCCCUCCUCCACCACUGCGAGGAGCUCCACCACCACCUCCACCGCCUUUGGGCAGAGCACCACCACCACCACCUCCACCACUUUCUGGUGGAGCUGUCCCUCCACCUCCUCCAAUGCGUGGAGCCCCACUACCACCACCAGUUCCAGGAGCUCGUGCUCCAGGCCCUCCUGCUGCGCCAAGGCCUCCAGGCGGUGCACCCCCUCCACCUCCACCUUUUGGGGCAAAAAAUGCUGCAACUGAUGGCAGAAAUUUGCCUGCUGGAAGAGGGCGUGGCCUACCACGCCCUCCUGGUUCAGCUGCCACAGCACCUCGCCGAUCUUCUUUGAAGCCAUUGCAUUGGAGCAAAGUGACACGGGCACUCCAAGGAAGCUUAUGGGACGAGCUGCAAAGAUUCGGGGAAUCUCAGAUGGUGUCCGAGUUUGAUGUCUCAGAGCUGGAGAGCCUUUUUUCUACAGCCGUACCAAAACCAGCUGACUCAGGAGGUAAAUCGGGAGGGCGGCGAAAAUCGAUGGGAUCUAAAACUGACAAAGUCCACCUGAUUGACCUGAGAAGGGCGAAUAAUACAGAGAUUAUGCUCACAAAAGUUAAGAUGCCCCUUCCUGACAUGAUGGCUGCUGUGCUGGCAAUGGAUGAGUCGGUAUUAGAUGUUGAUCAGGUGGAAAACCUCAUAAAAUUCUGCCCUACAAAAGAGGAGAUGGAACUUCUGAAGGGCUAUACCGGUGAUAAGGAUAACCUUGGAAAGUGUGAACAGUAUUUUUUGGAGCUAAUGAAAGUGCCUAGGGUGGAGUCAAAAUUACGAGUAUUUUCUUUCAAAAUACAGUUCGGCUCUCAGAUUUCCGAAUUUAGAAAGAACCUAAACACUGUGAACUCUGCAUGUGACGAGGUCCGUAGUUCCUCCAAGCUGAAGGAGAUUAUGAAGAGAAUUCUCUUCUUGGGGAACAUGCUGAACCAAGGGACUGCAAGAGGAUCUGCAAUCGGAUUUAAGUUGGAUAGUUUGUUAAAACUUUCUGAUACACGUGCUACUAAUAACAAGAUGACUCUCAUGCAUUUUCUCUGUAAGAAACUUGCUGACCGCUCGCCAGAACUUCUUGAUUUUCAUCAGAAUCUUGUUAGCUUGGAAAUUGCGUCAAAGAUACAACUGAAAUCUUUAGCUGAAGAGAUGCAAGCUAUUAUUAAAGGAUUAGAGAAGGUAAAGCAGGAACUGGGUGCUUCUGAAAAUGAUGGCCCUGUCUCGGAUAUUUUUAGAAAGACCUUGAAAGAAUUUAUUGGUGUUGCUGAGGCAGAGGUCACAUCAUUGACGAAUUUAUACUCAAUUGUGGGAAGAAAUGCAGAUGCACUUGCAUUGUACUUCAAUGAAGAUCCAGCUCGUUGCCCGUUUGAGCAAGUUACAGCAACUCUGCUUAACUUUGUGAAAAUGUUCCGGCGAGCACAUGAAGAAAAUUGUAAACAGGCUGAACUGGAGAAGAAAAAGGCUGAUAAGGAGGCCGAAAUGGAAAAGGCAAAGGGAAUUAGCCUUACAAAGAAGGGUGUAAAUAGCUGAUUGGUGACUGUUCCCAUGUCUAUACUGGAAAAGGAGUUCCCUCUAUGCAGCGGCCCUGAUGACCGUUUGGCACUCAAUUGCAAUGACUGAUGCUGCUCCUAAUUGAUUUGGAAGCAGAUUGGUCUCGUGUUGGAGCAAAUGAUGAGUUCAUUUGACCCUUGCCAUCAAAGAUGAGUUCCUGACAGGGUCAAUCUCCUGUCAGAUCAAGCGAUGAGUUCCCUUGACACUUGCCAGGUCAAAGAACAUCAAGACUUAGCUUUUACACGACUGACGUGAUGCUGUUGAGUCAGACGAGCAAGUGCUGCUGUGUGAACUGGCAAUUAGAUAUCUGAUAAACAGCGAUAAGCUUACAUGAACAUCAGAAGAUUUUCAGAUUGGCCAGGAGAGUCGUUCUCCUGUGAAUUCGCGGCUUAGAUGGUUGAAGUGCAGUCUUCUUGGGAACGAACACUGGAAGGAUAAGUUGGAGCCAGUUCACCGUCGCAAAGGCCCAGUUUGGCUUCUGCUUUCGACAUUGGCUGGGCCAUUGGUUUUUUUUGGCACCAAGGUGGAUGCCGGCAGGAUGGUAGAGCACAAAGUCUGUCUGUACCAUGACACUGUACAAAGCUACUGACCUACUUGUAUUAGGAUACGAUUCUUUCCUCGAGUAACAUAGCUAGUCCAGUAUCUUUUUUCCCCUUUCAGAUUUGUUAGGACGGAUCCCGUUGAUUUUAGAUGUAUAGCUUUGCCAGGUUAAUUUAGAGAAAGUAGAAGGCGGGAUUCCUUGUGUAAUUGUGAGAUAACAGGAUAGGCUAUAUCGGUUAGCAAUUGCUUUUGUCUGUUACUCAAUUCAUUCUAUCGCCAUUAAUGAAAAUGAAAGGCUUACAUUCUUUUUCA